AUUUCUUAAUACAUAAUGGUUGUGCAUAUUUUUAGGGUACAUGUGAUAUUUUGAUACAUGUAUAUAAUGUGUAAUGAUCAAAUGAAGGUAAUUGGAAUAUCAUUUUAAACAUUUAUCUUUACCGCAAACAUUUGAAUUCUCUUGCUAUUUUGAAAUAUAUGAUAGAUUACUGUUGAACUAUUGUCACCCUACUGAUCUGUUGAGCACUAGGUCUUAUUUCUUCUAACUGUAUUUUUUCCCAUUAAUCAACCUCUCUUCAUCCUCCUUUCCCCCUGCACUCUUCUGGCCUCAGGUAACCACCUGUCUAUUCUUUGUCUUCAUGAAAUCCACCAUGAGCGAAAUCUCAUCCACUUAUGAGUGAGAACAUGCGGUAUUUGUCUUUCUGUGCCUGGCUUAUUUCACUGAGCAUAGUGACAUCCAGGGGAACUGCAUCUUUAACAACACUCACAUGACUGACUUAGGCACAUCAUCAUGAUGUGAACUCCAUGUGGGCAGGGGCCUAGCUAGUAUCAUUCACUGCUGUAUGCCUGGCCACAUAGUAGACAUCAGUGAGUGUUUGCUAAAUGGUUAGAUGAGUGGUUUGAAAGUUGAAUCAGGUGGUUCUCACUUACCACAGUUCUGGGAUUGUAAAAGAGGUGGCACUGUCUGAUCUACUGUUUACUUGUCAUGGGUCUUUAAAGAAGUUUCUAAAAGUCUUAUAACUUGAUGUUUGCAUAAAUUAUAUUUUGACAACCUUUUAAAAAAAUUUUGUUGCAGUUAUCAUGUAUUCAGUUCAAAUCAUCCUAUAGUACAUUGGAUUGUAGCUAAAUAAGCAAAAUGACUCAAAUUUAAUAAAAUGUUUUGCUUCAGAUAAAGGACUGGAUCUAUUCAUUUUUCAUUCCAUACAAAAUUAUUUUUGACGCUACUCUGGAAAUUCACUCUGAUGUUAGGAAUAGUCUAUACCUUUCAUGAAUCCAACUCAGAAAUAAAAUAAGUGACCUAUUGUACCACUACUUGGAAGUAUUCUUUGGUGUUUAAUGGUAAAUAUACUUUAUACUAAAAGCAGAUGGUUUUUUACAUAUAUUGUAAAAAAAAGAUGCAAGUGCUUGAACACGUGCUUUUGUGUUUGUACCCCAGGGAUGUUCGUUAUUAGUGAUAUGGCUUUGAGAAAGUAUCAUCGUCUUUUUGGACCUAGGUCUCCUCAACCUUAAAAUGGAAAUAGUACCAGCUUCACAGGUUCCUUGUGAAAGUUCAGUGAUAAUGUGUGUGCAUGUUUAGCACUGUUUCUGACCUGUGGACAUGAAAGAUCAGAUGUCAACUUCAUCUGUGCAGGCAUUAGCCGAAAGAAAAAAUAGACAGGCACUGCUGGGAGACAGUGGCAGCCAGAACUGGAGCACUGGAACAGCAGAUAAAUACGGGCGCCUGGACCGAGAGCUCCAGCGAGCCAAUUCUCAUUUCAUUGAGGAGCAGCAGGCACAGCAGCAGUUGAUCGUGGAACAGCAGGAUGAGCAGUUGGAGCUGGUCUCUGGCAGCAUCGGGGUGCUGAAGAACAUGUCCCAGCGCAUCGGAGGGGAGCUGGAGGAACAGGCAGUUAUGUUGGAAGAUUUCUCUCACGAAUUGGAGAGCACUCAGUCCCGACUGGACAAUGUGAUGAAGAAACUUGCAAAAGUAUCUCAUAUGACCAGUGAUCGGCGCCAGUGGUGUGCCAUAGCCAUCCUCUUUGCAGUCCUGUUGGUUGUACUGAUCCUCUUCUUAGUGCUGUGACGGUGGGGCCUCUGGGUGCGAGUUCCUCCUGCAUAUGAACCGAGGGGAGGAGGAGAAGCUGAGCACGUGUGACAUUGCCGUCUACUCACAUUCCUAUCCUGGAAACAUACUGCUGCACUGACUUUUCUCCGUGUGACCCCACAAUUGACACGGCUUCUCCAUCCCAGCGCUGGAAGGGCCAGUGGGAAGAGGAAAUAGAUGUCUACACUCCUGGCUGCAGCUGGACAACAGAAGCCCCAUGCCAACUGGCCCGUUCUGAGGAGAACUAGCUGCUGCCUUGCUUUCCGGGACCUCGUUCGCUGAGGAGGGACUCACAGACUUCACUGGUGUUUUGCUGUUGCUCAUUCCAUGCAUCUUUGGCAGCUCUUUUCUUCUGCUCAGACCCUUCCCCGUGCUCAGUGCGCCGCUGUCCCAUCAAAAGAAACCUGUCAGGAAUGCAAGCUUCUGGGUAUGUUUCGUUUCCCAUUGCUGUAGCAUUUCUUAGCCCCUGAGAACUGAUGAUUACUGAGGACAGAAGGCUCAGAAACAGUUUGUGACAGAAAAUGCAGUGUUUCAUUUUUCAGGGAUAAAUGCUAAGAUAAAAUUGAUUUUCCAGGUCAUUUUUUUUUUGUGGUAAGAAUAACUAAUGGAAAAUAAUGAAACACACUGGGGCUUGGGGAUGCUGACAACUUGUGGCUUUAACUGAUAGGAGCAAUUAAAAAGAGCAAGAGGGCUCUGCAUUGGCAUAGCUUAGGGAAGGGUUGAUGAUGUCGCCAGAGGUCAGCUCCUGAUCCCUGCCGACUUGAUGUUGCUGUACCAGGGCUUCCUCCCCAGAGGUGCAGCUUGCAUUUUGAGGGUAAUUCCUACAUAUGUUGUUGCUAAACAGCUCAGUAACACACUUGAAUAGAUUUAGAUACCAGAUUGUCCUCAUUACAGUUCUUUCACUCCUAGGGCACUCUGCGUUGGGGGUGGGGGUUGGGGUUGGGGGUGGUUAGUACAGUUAUUACAUUUAUUCAGAAACGUAAUGACAUAAAAGGUUAGCUCUGGGCCAGACUUCUCUUACCCUGUGGGUAAUGGCAAGGAUGUGUAGGUGAACUUGGUUCUUUUUUUUCCCCUAAGAUGACAACUUGAUUUUAUCAUCUGCAGUCAAAUAACUGAGCCAAUCCAAAUUUAAAUGAUAGAUGUUUUAAUUGAGUUUAAGUAGCUGAAACUGCUGAGACACUAAACUUUAAGCUUCUGAUGACUUUUUAAAUGCCUCAAAUGUGCACAUGUAUAUAGGAUAUUUUUAUAACGUCCCUGAUGAAUUAUCUGAUAUUAAAGUAGUAUUUGGACCCAGAGCCAGAACUCGGUGGUGGAGGCUGCUGGUCUCUCCUCACCACCUUCUUUUGCACUUGGAAAGAACAGCAACAUCUGGAUAGAGUUCUAGCUUUGACUUCUCAUUUCCUCGUCUUUUUGGGUGCAUUCCUCAGCACACUUUUUUUUUUUUUUUAACCUUUUUGUUUUGUUUGUAUUUCAUGUGGUUUUGUUUGGGGGUUUUGGUUUUUUCACCCUUUUUUGUGAUUUGCAAUGAUGUGCUUGCCCAGCUAACUUUUGAAUUGCACUUUUUAAUAAAUAUUCGUAACAAUUUUUGAAGAAGGAUAUUUUAUCUCAUUUGAGAUCAUGGUAGGUUAAGAAAAUAUGCCUGUUGAUGAAAGCUUAAAAGCAAAUUUGUGAAACUAAAAGGGUGAUUGACAUCCAUGUUUACACUCCGCUCUAAUGUUUGAUAUAUAAAUAAGUUAUUUUCAAAUUAGGAAAAAAAAGUAUUACAAAGGGCUUCAGAUGUGUAGAGUACUAGGUUAUUUAUGUUUUACAAAGUUUGAAUCGUCUAUAAACUAAGAAAGGGGAUGAUCCUUAGAUUUGCAUUAAAAUACAGAAAUCUUUUAAAGUGAAUGUGGACACUAAGUACUGUAAUCCACACAACACAUUGUAAGAAGCAAACCAGCAUCUUAAAGAAUUCUAAAAUUACCUUAUUUAAAAGCCAUGCUAUUGUUCUGCUAUUACCAGAUUUAUUGUGCCACACAAAAGGAUCAUGUGUGUCAGCAGGGGCCGUUUGGAACAAACCUAGUCAUUAAUGAGUAAGAUACUCCUGUUAGUUCAGGGACCAAGUUUUAUGACCCAGAGGCUUAAUGAUGUUUGGAUAUAUUUCAAAUCGACAUGCUUACAUCACUGAUUUAAGGUUUUUUCUAAAUAGUGGCCAUUGUAGACCUGACUCAGGCUGUAGCUAAAUAGAUAACAAUUUAGAAAGUUACCUGAAAACACAGGGCAUUCUCCCCGUAGGGCCACCACGCCCUUCUGCCCCUGGCUGACUUGAUCCUGGGUCUGAUCCUGUUGCACCCUGACUGGGCAGCCCCUACAGAACCAGUGUUAAUUUGAAGGGCCUCCACUCAGGCUCCAAAUGUGGCAGCCAAAGAGAACAAGCCGGGGAACCUACAUUUAUUUUUCAGGACAAAUAUUUCCUCCUCAGUGAUGCUGAUGUUCAGGGCUUUAGAGGGAACCCAGGUGAUCUCUUCACCCUGUGUCCUAGAAUGGGAGAGUAAGUAGACAGCGGUGAUAACCCCACACUACUUACAAGCGCAUCCUUAGAGCACUUGGGGCUUUCUUUCCCCUUUCGCCUUCUGUACCUAGUACCAUAUUCCAGUUUUAAAGAACUGGUAGAAUGUGAUGGAUAACAGAGAAACAGCUCAAUUUAUGUUUAUUGGAAGAACAUUUUACUUAAAUGAUUUGAGGGGUGGGAGGGAACGAACUAUUGAGUUUGCCAGAGUGAAAAUCCAUCUGAAAAACUAAACUACCUUUAGUUUUUAGUCCUAAUUUUUGGUGUUGUCUCUGCGGACGGUGAAGAAUCACAAUGCUCUGUGUGCCCUGGACUGUGUGGCAAAUGCAGGUUACAGCGUGUGUGUUACAUGAGGAUCUUCCACAAUUUCAGAAUACACGCCAGAGCUGUAGGGGAAACUUGGUAACUUGCCCAUUAUUCUCUGCUUUUAGCCAGAGUUAAACAGACUGAUGGGUCUGGUAGCCAACAACUUGGCAACUUCCACUCCUUCUCACCUCGUGAGAUUAAGGGCUGUGAAAAGAAAUCUAGUCUAACUCCAACAGAAAUCUGUCUCUGUUAAGUGUUUUACCUUCUGUAAGUAGAGAUGGUAGAGCCAAGAUUUUUCUUUUGGUAAUUUCCCUGUCUAUAAAGUGAGACCAGAGGGAUAUCUGUUCCCUGUUACCUUUUUGGAGAAUUCAUAACAUUUGAAGAUCAAAAAAUUGAAUGAUAAAUAUGAAUGGUUUUUCAAUUCUGUGGGCUUUGUACCGUUUGGCUUCACCUUGUACUGCAAGAUGAAUUUGUAAACAAAACAAAAUUGGACUGUCUGGAAAGCUAAAGUUCUAAAAUAUGGAAUGUACUGCCUCUAAUUUUUCUUUGUCUUCCUCUCAUUGGCAUUUUUUUCUCGCCCAGGUUUCUUAAGAAUAAUGUUUUUUAAAGGAGGCUUUUUGCCCAUCAAGAAUAAAAAGAAAUAAAACCAAAGGGUUACCGGA